GAGUCGCUUGUCGCUUUGUUUUCUCCGCAAAAGGAACGACAACGAGAGUCGGCUCCUUGUCCUAAAAUAACGAAGAUAAAAGCCGGAAAAUAAGAUUCCAGCAUGAAGGACGCCCGUGCUUUUCGAUGCUCCUCUGGUUCUGCCCUACGGGGGGUCAUUCCCUCCCCAAGCAGCUUGUUUCUGCUAGCCGCAGCGUCUAGUCGUCUCCCAGCAACCGCCACUGCAGCUGACGCAACGGCAGAAGAUGCUUCCCGGCAAACUACUUUCCAAAAAGGCGCGGGCGGCGGAGGUCGUGGCGCAAGUACCAGUUCGUCUCAAGCAGGAGCGGGCCAGCAGCAAGACAGGGUCGUCACCCCCUCCAAGGGCGGAACUACUGGAGCCGGCCGCGGAGGAAACACCGGUCAAUCUACCGAAUCUUCGUCUUCCCUGGGUGCUACCCGCGUUCUACCGGCGCAACAAGGCCCUCGCGUAAACAGCAACCAGCAACAGCAAGAACUCCAAGCGGAAGAAAUAAACGUUCGUCCCUCGUCGAGCAGUGGUCUCACCACCGCACAAAAAGAACAACUCCUGCCCGACGACAUUGAUAGCCCAACCCUGCUAGAGCAGGACUUCGAGCCCGAUAAGGUCCGGAAACCCCUCGACCAAGAUCAAGAAUUGUCAUACCAUAAUACCCCUUUACGGAAAUCCGGGGGCUGCCGGGGGAUGUACAUCUGUACGGAGAUUCUCUCACUGCAGGCGCUGAUGAAUCCCCAAGCGCUGUACUUGAUGAUUGAUCCGCUGGAGAAGACCCCGGGGAUGGUGGUUGGCAUGAGCUACUCACAUCUCUACCACGCGGGACUAGGCGAGGCUUCCGGUGUCCAAACCCAGGCAUUUUCUCUCGAUCUCUGGAUCCCGCCGGAAUACAAAGAUUUGGACCAGAGAACCGCUUACACAGAUGAGGAGAAGCCGGAAUCUUCGAUAAAGCGGGAUAACUCUAAUACUGCGGGUGGUUCUAGUAUGGAUGUGUCAGGAUCGAAAUCGACAAAAUCGAAAAAUUUGUGAUGCAUAAAAUGUAGGACACCAAAGGCCUGUAUUGGGGGGCAGGCAAAUGAGACCGAUUGUAAGCCUGUUUAGGGGUAUACAAUGUGCUGCCCGAGCAGCAUGACAGGAGGAGUCUUCUUUGUCCAAACAGCAUGACAGACUGGAUUUGGGUGCUUCCCAAAUUUGUCAUGCGCCACUUGGAAUUGAGGCUCCAACUGACAUCGAUUUUGUGCAUCACAAGUUUUUCGAUUUUGCCAAUUUCGAUUCUGACACUUCCAUAUCUAGUACUGCUGGCACGACGAGAAGGAAGAACGAGAAGUACGAAUUUCUCCGGAAUAUGAACUGCAAAAGUAUACGUACUCGUAUAAAUGCAUCACAAAUUUUCUUUUUCUCAGCAUAAGAAAUAAUUUAUAAUGCGGAUUUACCUAUAACGAAAAGAUUUGCUGUGCACGAUUGCAAUACGAGUACGAUACUUUUGCACAGCAUACGGGAAAGCAGACUGUUAUCUCGCCGGUCCGUGGAAUACAUGUAUCCAACGGAAGACGGCACGGUCGGCGAAAUUUUCUGCGGGGGCAUGGAGGGGGAGAGGUUGACAGUCCGAACUUCUUUGUUUUUCCCGAUCGACCCGCACGAUAACGAGUACCGCCCGCAGUUGUCGCUCGAUCGGAUGAACUGCUAUAAGGAGGAGUUUUACAAGCAAAAGUACAUGUGCAACGCGGCCCAGUACAGCUGUAGAACCGGGCUAGGGGAGGAGUUCGUCGUUCGCGGGUUGGAGAGCUUUGCGUCCUCGCCGUAUUAUACGCAGAGCAGCGGGAAGAUAUUAGCCGAAACUGCUCCAGGCAGCAGUGCCUCGUCCGGACGAGCAGGUGGAGCAGCAGUUGUAGAGGACCAUAGUGGGUCGACCACACUUCUACAAGACGCCGUCGAGGGUUACUAUGAGGAGAGCGCCGCGUUUUCAGAAAAAUAUGGUUUUUCGGACACCUACGGCUUGGCGCCGGAGCUCGACGCGCAGGACAGUGGGCACCUUCCGCACUUGUUCCGCGGGGACAUUGCCACAGCCAUGAAACUGAACAAGAAUUUCAACGCCAGUAUGAUUUCAAAUUCAUUUUCACCUGAGGACAGUUCAACUUUUUUUUCCGGCGACGAGCAAACAUUGAAACUGCUGGAAUAUGGGACAGUGCUCUACCAUCGGGAGAUAUGACAGUGCACAACUCCCCCUCCCCCUCAUUUGUCAUGCAGAAUACCUAAUUUACGCCUCUCCUGCUCUUGGUACUUGUUGCAUGACAAGUUCUGGCAGCCCAAAUAGCACUACACUCCUGUCCGAAUUUGUCGUGCAGAACCUGUAUUCUUGCCGACGCUGGUAUUGCUGUUUAUGCAAUACAAAUGAGGGGGAGGAGGAGUUGCGCACUCUCACAGGAGAACGAACUGACCAUCAACUACAAUCUGAUCAACAUUUUCUCAUCGAAAGUAAAAACGCUCGCUGGGCUGGACGCAGUGAAAGAACAGGCUGCUGCAACGGCCGCCGCUGGAAGUACUAGUAGUACUCCAACUACAAGCCCUGCUUACCAUCCCUUCAGGAAUCUGUCCCUGUGGUCAAAGAUUUGGGUGCAUGGAUUGCAAUUGGAAAAGAUCAAACAGAACGGAAUUUUCGAGGAAAUGCUGGCUCUCCGCUGUCCUCUGAAUUACUAUCAAAUGUAAAAAUGUCUGGGUCUGGAAGAUUCAUGCUGUUUUUGCAUGACACACAAGGUCUGGCAUGGAAGCUCUAGCAUCACAGGUUUCGAGAAGCUUCCCCAAUGCCGAAUCCGCAUGACAAAUCCCCCACUUUGGUGACAGAAAGUGGGCAGCUUUUGCUACCUAUGCAUGAGAGAUUUUUCUGUGUUCUGAAAUGCGCAUCACAAGUUGCAUUCUUCCAGACCCAGACACUUUUGCAAUCCAUAAUUACCUGGGCAAGGCGAUUGUGAUCCGCAGAUUCGGGUAUGCAAGUGUCAGAAUCGAAAUUGACAAAAUCGAAAAAUUUGUGAUGCGCAAAAUCGAUACCAGUUGAAGCCUCAGUUUUCAAGUGGCGCAUGACAAAUUUCGGGAGCACCAAGAUCCAGUUUGUCAUGCUGUUUAGACAAAGAAGACUGCUCCUGUCAUGCUACUCUGGGAGCGCAUCGCCCUCCUCUAAACAGGCUUGCAAUCGGUCUCAUUUGCCUGCUCCCCAACACAGGCCAUGCGUGCCCUACAUUUUAUGCAUUACAAGUUUUUCGAUUUUGUCGAUUUCGAUUCUGACACUCCCAUAUUGGGGCGGAUAGAAGUACUAAUAGUGCGGAUAUGAGUUCUAGCGGAGCAGGUGGUGGAGCAGGAGCUGCUGCUGCAUCUUCCUCCGACGAGACGGCUCUUCCGAAGAACGAUCGCAAUUCUGCAGCUGCUUCCGGGCCGUCGUCGUCAUCCUCCCAGCGGCCGGGGACGAACGGUACAGCAAAAAUUGCUAAUGCUCCAAGGUUAUGGAUUGUAAAAAUGUCUGGGUCUGGAAACUUGUGAUGCUGGGCGGCGUAUCAUGAGGAGGCCGCAAGUGCUGGCUCAGCAUGACAAGUUUCUGAGCUUCUAGGUGUUCUUGCCUAUAAUUCUGAAUGACAAACUGCGUUUCUGCAUGACAGAAAAAUGGCGCUCUUGGGUGACGUGCAUGACAGUCAUGCCAGACAAGCAUGACAAACAUGCACUCUUCCAGACCCAGACACUUUUACAUUUGAUAAAGGUCCAUCACCGCCCUGCUUGACAAGCAUUUCAUCCGCGCGGCCGUGCCGAAGACGAAUGUUCGGGGACAGCGCAGACGUGACGGAAUACAAACCGGUGGAGGUGCCUCCGAAAGAGGACCGGGGGGCCGCGGAGGCGGCGGCGCGUUUGGUGCAGGACCUGUCGGCGAGGGCAUUUUCGAGCGCACUGCAAACCGCGUUGGUGAGCAGCAGCUGAGCUCCGUGUGUGUGGACAGUAAAUGGACCGUAUUCAGGUAGAAACACCCAUCCCCAUUCAUUUUUUGCAUGACAAACACUGCAAAUUAUGCAUGUUUUGCAUGACAAAUACAAAUUGGAUGGGGAUGGGUGUUUUUUCCUGGAUAGACCGACCCCCGGUACUACUGCAAGGCGGGGGAAUACACCUGCGAUUUACCGAACAAAAAGUCGAACUCUGCGAAGUUGGUGAUUAACAUCCAAAACUCCGACACGCACAACAAACCGGUGCUACUGAUCGGCCCAGCGAAGAUCGUUAUUUCGGAGCAACUGUUCAACGAGAACGACAGGGAUGCGCGAAAAGUUUUUCCCGAGGUAGCGGCGAGCCCCAUGCAGGGCGGGAUCUCCAUCGCAAUUGACGCGGGUGGCGGGAGUGGUGGGAAUACGAAUACAGCAGGAGGAGGCGGAACAAGCGCAUCUAGUACUUCUUCUUCUUCUUCAUCUUCGGGGACUGCCACUACUACAAAAACCUACUUCAUCGACCAGUGGCGGUUGCAGUGGCUCGAAAAUAUGUACCUGUACACCGAUCAUGUGUCCUAUGCAAUACAAAAUUUCCGCACAUACACAAAAUGCAUGACGAAUUUCGCUAACUUAGAGUUUCCAACUUGUCAUGCUGACCAAGGUUGAAGGCAAGUUUUGUCAUGCAGAAACAACUACAUUUGUACGUGUGCGGGUUGGAACUUUCCUGUGGAUACGUCCGAGCUGAUCUGCGCCCGGCCGAAUUUGAUCCGGUUGAACCCGAUUCCCUUCGCGGCGUUUUUGACCAGAAUUUUGGACUUUUCGGAUCAAGAGGUGGAAAAUCUCUUUGGGCGGCCGAUGACCGGGCUGAGUUCAACAUCAUCGUCUUCAGAUGAUAUUCAUGUUGAAACUGGCGUGGAUCCCUACCCCAACCGGAUUGACUGCUACGGAACUUUUACCGCUACCCGGUCCGGCGUAGACAUCUUUAUGGCGGAGCUUUCCGUGUUGGCGAUAAUCUUCCUCGUUUGCUUUUUCAUCUUCCUGGUCUACAGCUUGGUGGUGUUGCUUUGCUGCUCACAGAUCACGCGGCUAAAGGAGAAAAUCUCGUCGAGUCGGAGAACCGAUUUACCGCGGUAUUUGAACUGGAUGAGCAUGCAGACCUACGCGAGGGACGAACAGGGGAUAUGCAUUGCAAAUAUCCUUGGAUGUCUGGAAGGAUGCAACUUGUGAUGCUGCAUCUAGAUUCUACAAAAAUCUGUAUUGCAUGAACAGCUGCAAAAGAGGUCCAGUUUUUGCCACGGCAUCAAGAGGGCAUCUAUCAUGCGGUCUAGGCAUCAGGAAGGCCUCACAAAAUCUGUGAUGCUAGGGCAUGAAUCACAGACAUCAGGAGUCAUGCAAAAUGUGGUGCAUGACGAACUUCGCAUCCUUCCAAACCCAGACAUAUUUGCAUCUGAUAGGGGAACGUCAUUUACGAGUAUGGGAGCAGUUCUGACGAGGAGGAUCUCCAGGACGGUGUGAAGAAGGGAAAAAGCCUGAAGGCAAAUUCCACCGCCGCCCUGAUGAAGAGGAAGCUGAGAGAAGCAGCGCAAAUCACGAAAAUCUUCAGCAGCUCUAGGUCAGCCUUCAGCCUACAUAUUGGUGCGGAAAGAGCAGGGGAGAGCAGUACCAGGGAUCAUGCGGGUCCGGAUAGAAAUGGCGACUACAACAGGGGCCACAAAGAUCAUAACGAGGUCCUCUCCGACGAACUUGCCGAGGACUCGUCUUCCUCUUCUGGGGUGAAAAACAACAAAAAUACUAAACGCCUUGUCGCGACGGAGAUGACAAGACUGUCGAUCAAUUCCGACAAGUCACGUGGUAUGGCGUUCUCAAACGUUACAUUCUGAACUGUUACAUGAAUUUGUGAUGCAAGAACCGCAACAGUGAAAGGGGCAAGCUUGCAACUCUCGCAUCAUAAAUCCGGCACAGAUUUAGGCGCUGUUUAGCCCUUCGGGGAUUUGUCAUGCGAGGUGGCUUGAUUGUCUGGUGGUUCAUGGUAGAUUUGCAUGACAAAUCAUGUAACAGUUGAGAAUGUAACGUUUGAGAAUCCCAUACGUGGCGGGAUUUUGACGUCCUCGAGUGGGGAGUCUGAUCGAGACGUUGGUAGUUCUCCUGCGGAUAUCAACCGCAAAAGUGUCUGGGUCUGGAACAAAAUUGCUAGGCUUGUCAUGCAUCUUCUGGAUCACGCAACUGGUCUCUACAACUGCACGCAAAAGCAUUACAGGUUUUGCGCAGGCCUCCUGAUGUCUGUCCCGCAUGAGAAAUUCCUCAUUUGCGUAGCAAGAACUGGGAAGCUUUUGGUGCUUAUGCAACACAAAUUUUUGCCUGUUCCAGAAAUCGCAUGACAAGUUCCAAUUCUUCCAGACCCAGACACUUUUGCAAUCCAUAGCGGAGAAGAGGAAAAAGAUUCUCGAGAAUAAGGAAAAGGUAAAAAGAAAUUUGCGGCAACGGGAUAAGUUGAUGCUAUGAGAAUGAGAUUCAACAACUCACCGCGAUUAUGUACCGAAACUUUGAGUAUUUGAUGAGUUUUCCAUGCGUUAUUUUAUUCCAUUGCAUGAAAUAAAAGUAUGGAUGCUUGUACUUCCGCUUGUUGUAGUUCUGUGUCUUGCAUAACAACUACAUAGUGUGCGCCGGUGAGCUGAAUCUCUCCUCGCAUAAGGGAGGAAUCGCAAGGAGACCAAUCAGUCGCUGGGGAUUGAAGACGAAGAGGAGGAAAAGUGAGGAGCAACACUACAACCGGGAUGAAACAGGCUCCAGCGAAGUACGACAUUAUUUCCAAGAAAACUACGAGAGCUACGAACUACACAACGUCGCUCCUUUCUGAUGAAAAAACCAUCUGGAUGUGCAUGUG